UUAGUCUAGUAUGUUGUAUAGUGAGGUUGAUGUUGUGAGCCCUGGUUAAAGGGAUUAGUGUAUUACAAGUGAAUAUAUAAAAAGAAAAUAAUCCAGAGGGCUCCGGGAAUGGUGUAAUCGUAUACAACAGAAAUGGCGGCGAAAACUUCAAUCUCCUUGUUGGUGAGUAUUCUAGUGUCGCUGUCACAAAGUCAGCUGACAGGAUUGAUAAACAAAGACCUGAAAACUCAAGGAGCAAAUCUUCAAGAUUUCAACAGUGGCGCUCAUUUAGAGGAAGCCGUUGUUGAGAAAGACAAAAAUGAUGUGGUUGAAGAUGUUCGGGUUUCCUGUAAUAACGAUGAUAUCACUCUCAGUUUGACUAUACGGGGUCAUUACUUCAAUGGGAUGAUCUACCCAAAGGGAUUGUCCAAAAACUCAACCUGCCUCACUGAGUACAUCAAUAAAGAGGGGAAGAUAAUUUACACUAUUCCACUGAGGUCGUGCAAUACAAUGUCAACAGAUGUGGAGGAUGGAAUAGAAUACUUUAAUACUGUGGUUAUACAACCCCAUAGAAAGCUUGUGACCAAUGAGAAACGCUUUGCUCUGGGAACAACACCGUUGACGGCGACUGCGGCCAUGCCAGGCUCCACAAUGAAGAUAUUCUACGGGGAACCAGGGGAAGGACUUGUCGCCGAAAAUGUGAAAAUCGGCGAUCCACUAGACAAUACAUUUGAUGUGUAUGGAAUGCAUGUGACCGAAUGCCUGGUUAGAGAUGGUCUGGGCUGGACUGAGCAACAGCUGAUUAAUAUCGAAGGGUGCCCUGAGGAUGAUGAGAUAAUGGGUGAAUUUGAGUACAGUGAGAGCAAAACAACUGCGCUUGUCAGAUUUCAGGCUCACAAGUUCCCGUACACAAGUUCUGUUUAUUACCAGUGCAAUGUAAAGCUGUGCAUUAAGCAUGCCGGAGGAUGCGACCAAGUUCCUCCAGUGUGUGAGAACGGGAUCAACCUGGUACGAAGACGACGUCAAGUUGUUGAAAUCUCCGAGAAAGAUAGUGUUUAUGAUCUUGAGAAGGAGGAAACCAUUAAGGUAAAUGAAACUAUCUGGUUUUCUAUAUGUAUAUAUAAACUAUCUGGUUUCCUAUCUGGAAACAUGUUUGGUUCCCUAUCUGGAAAACUGUUGAAUUUUGACAAUUCAUUUUUAUACAUUUUGUUUGUCUCUGAGAAACUGGUCGAUCAGAACAAUUUCUGUAUAUCACAGAGAAGCUUUGCAAUCGGAAUAGCGAUCGCUGGUCUCAUUCUAAUGAUUGCUGUCAUAAUCGCGAUUCUGAUUCUGGUCUCUAAGCGUCGCAGGAAGAAUCUGAGCACUACAGGGUCUUCCUUGUACAGUAGUGGACCUUACAAUAACACUGCCUACAGCCAUAGCAGUCUUGUCAGUAGAAGAAGCUAAACCGGUUUCAUCACUUCCGGAUUUUAAACCGGCUGUAUACUUCCGGUUUGAAAUCUGUUUAAUCCGGUUUCACACCUCCCCGGUUUAAAAUCCUAUCCUCACUUCCAGUUUUAAACCGGUUUCACACUUCUGGUUUGAAAUCAUAUCCUCACUUCCGGUUUAACGCCGACUUCCUCACCCUCCGGUGGUAAAACCGGUAGCUCUAAACCACUGCCAGAAAACUAUUAGGAAAGUAACUAUUUUUUCUCUCAAA